AGGGGGAGGAACCGUCGGGACCAGACAGUCCAGUCGUCGGUCACUCGGCGGAAACACACGAAAGCUGUGAACAGACUGAACGGGAAGAAUCUCGAAGUGGCCGAACUACAUGUUGAGAGACUUGACGUGUGUUCGGACACUUCGACACUUUAUCAUCUGUCCGCGGAGGGAGAGAGCAGAGGAGGAAGAGGAGGAAGAGGAGGAGGGACCGGAGAGAACCGAGUCGGGAGGAGGAAGGAGAGGAAGAGAGAACAGAGGAUUCACAUCGUGGGGCUGAGUGCGUCUCUCUCUCUCUCUCCUCCUCCUCCUCUCCUCCUCCUCUCCUCCUCCUCCUCUCCUCCUCCUCCUCCUCCUCCCGUCGACCGGAUGGUUCUCUCAUGUUGGACUUGAUGGGAGUUCUUCUCAACGCCACCGUCGCCAAUGUCUCGUGCGCGUGUGACUGCACGCGCCUCACGUCGCUGCAGAGCAUGGAGAUCACCCAGCUGGAGUUCGUCCAGAUCCUGGUGAUCGUGGUGGUGAUGAUGGUGAUGGUGGUCGUCAUCACCUGUCUGCUGAACCACUACCGCCUAUCAGCUCGCUCGCUCCUCUCCAGACACGCCCCCACGCACAGGAGACACCUGCCGCUGGCCAACGAGGCAGGUCUGUGGUCGUCGGAGGGCACAGGGACCAACGGGGGUCUGAAUGAGGUGUACAACCCUCGCCCUCCGGACCGGGGGCUCCACUCGUCCUACCUCCAGCGGGAGCCUCAGCACGCCGGCCUGCCCCAGGCGCAGCCCCCCCUCCAGUCCCAGCGCUUCAAGCACACGUACGCUCCGAGUCGCUUCCAGCCGACGUACCCCUACCUGCCCCAGAGCCUCAUCGACCUCCCCCCCACCAUCUCCCUCUCGGACGGGGAGGAGCCGCCGCCCUACCAGGGCCCCUGCACCCUGCAGCUCCGAGACCCGGAGCAGCAGAUGGAGCUGAACCGCGAGUCGGUCCGAGCGCCGCCCAACCGGACGGUGUUCGACUCCCACCCCCUCGACCCGUCCAACUCCAGCCUGCAGGCCAGUCUGCAGGCUCCGCCUCCCAGCGUCCACUCGGGCGUCAGUGUGCUGGAGGCCCAGGAGGCCUCGUCCCGGCAGCAGAAGCCGGGCUCCGGACUGGAGGGCGCCCCCCCGGCCUACAGCGAGGUGAUCGGACACUACUACCAUCCCACAUCCCUGAAUUCCGGCCACAGCCAUCGGACCGUUCCGUCCGCUCCGGCACCGCCCCCGUCCUCGCUCAUACAGGGUCUGAUCCGACCUCCGCCUCAGCAGCAGGGAAGUGUGGACAACAGGAAUGCGAGGAACACAAAGGAGAAAUCCCAGAAGCCCCAGCAGGUGUGACAGUGCUGCCUCCUCUUCCCUAGCCCCGCGGGAAACCCAGGAUUAUGCCUCGCCACUUUGGAAAAAAACGCUCAGUAGCCAACAAGGAGCGAUCGGCUCGACGGCAGAAUCCACUCUGGAGGGUUUGAGGGCCGGUGCGUCGCGGCUGACACGCUGACCCUCAUCGCGGGGCGGGGCUAGGACGGCGAGGCAGCAGCGGCUUCUCGUUGGCUAAGAACAUCUGGAAGCAGAGCACAGUCGCAGGGGAACAUCUGCUACUUCCUGUUCCACCGCUUCCUGUGCACUUCAGAUGAACCGGUGAUGAUGAUGUCAGAGACGGAGGUCUCUCCCAUCAGACUCAACUCGCCUUCACACGUUAUAAAUAUUUACUUGUUCCGUUUGUUCCCCGUAGAACUCUUUCCGUUUGUUCGUCUGUUUGUCCGUCUGUUUCGCGCCCGCAAGAUUAUUCCUGUUCUGGCACACGGUGAAAUGUGGCGGUUUCCUUGGUUCUUCCAGGGUUUUUUUUUCUGGUGAUAAUCCGCCUUCGCUGCUCUGACUCCAGUGAAUCUGUUGGCCACUGCACAGCUCAGCGUCGGCAGCGGCUCCUGCACCAGGUUGAGCUGCAUCACUGAGUAUGUGAAGCAGAGCGAGUUUAGAUGUCGUCAGCGUUGACCUUGAACCAGUUCACCGGCUGUAGCACAGUGCUAACACGUCCUCAAGCUAAACUCUCUGCCUUAUAUCGACCAGCUGAUGCAGGAGCCGGAAUCUGUUUGAGCGUUUGUUUUAAUGUUUUCUGAAGAAGGUUUGCACAAAGUUCACGACUGUUGAACCCCAGAGAGAGAGAAGAAGAAGCAGUCUGCAAUAUGAUGAGAGGGACGAGAGAAGGUCGGGGUUAUUUUUUCUAAACUAGGUGGAUUCUUAUCAGUGAAGUUUGUUUCUACAUGUUGUCCAGCUUCAGAAGAAGAGACGAACAUCUGUAAUCUGUCGGGUGCCAACGUUCACCUCGAACACUCUGCUACGUACAUGUUGGAAUGUGUAUAUAUAUAUAUAUAUACACACAUGUUUGCAAACCAAGAGCGAACUUAAAAAGCACGAAUUUAGAGUUAUUUAUAUAAUUGCUGAAAAGAAUUGCACUAUUUUGUAGUAAUACGCAGAUUGAACGUGCGAGGGAGACUUUUAUUGUGGAGGAGCUCUGUCCGUUGAACAGGAAGAGGGCGCGUUGAAACCACGGGGACACGCGGGCGGGCGGGCCACAUCGGUGCACAGCAGCCGGCGUCACCACAACAUAUCAUGGGGAGAUUCUGACUUUGGUCCAACGGACUCGGACCCACCAUUAAUGUACCAUUGAUGUAUAUUCAAACAAAACAAUCCCUGGUUUAUGCAAAUGUCCGAGUCCUGCGAGCCAACCACGAGUCAGCAUCCAACCUGUGGGCCCAAUCAGACACUCUGCUCGCAGCUCUCUCUCUCAUCCCAUUGGCCGAAUCGUUAGCCCGAAUCCCAAAGCCCACCGCAGGCUGUCACCACCUCGACCCAUCAAGUCAAGCACAUACGAGUUUGCUCAUCAGACGUCCGUCCCAUCGAACGAACGUCUGAACCAAUCAAGAAGAUGUGUGAUGUCACCGCGAGAAGUAGAGCAGGAACGUAGUCGACGUAGUUCUUAGAUUCCUGCUGAGUGUCAUUUUUAUUUUUGAAUGUCAAGAAGUUUUUGUUCUGUGAAUGAGAAGAGAGCGAGUAGAGUCAGUGACGCCCCCUUUACUGAGGCAGGAGGCCAGGUCGCCCCCUACAGGCCGGACGUGGGUGAUGCGCUGUCUGUGCACUGCUGUGGCCACACACACACACACACACACUCACACACACACACACAGACACACACACACAGACACACACACACACACACACACACUCACACACACACACACACACACACACACACACAGACACACA